AUGUUAAAUACGCGAAGUCUUGAAGAAAAACAGAAAUUAAGACAAGAUCUUCAAGUGGCAACAGAAAAUUCUAUUAAAGAAAUUGAAAGUUUAAUUACUGAACGCAACAAACUCUUAGAUAGAGAAUUAGAAACACGUAGUCAAGCUUUAAAUCAAUUGAUUAAUGAAUUGGGUGGAACAGACCAUGAAAUCGAACAAAUGAUUGAAACAGCUAUGGAUUUGCAAAGUGAUGAUGAACAUUGGAAUUUUUGA